AUAGUUUUAUUCGCUAUAUAUUGUAACCUGUAGUAUAAUCUUCACCACGAUAUAUCCUAUGUUAUUAUUUCUAGCUUAGUUAAGAGAUAUAGAUAUAUACAUAUGUAAACGGUAUCAGUAAAAUAUGUGUACUCGUUGCAAAUCCUUCACAAUUUACCGAUAACGAGCACAAAGCAAAAAUCGAAUUUCUCGCGCGCUUCAUGGCUAUACCAAAGAAACAAAGCCACAUCAUCGCGUCGGUUGCUGGACGCAGCGCGAUUUUUCAAUUAUGUCCACCUGGUAAACUCUCGAUUCGGGUUAAAAUUCCGAUCUAGACGAAGUUUAGCCAAUGUCUUGAAUAGUACUCGGUUCUUACGAUAAUUAAUACCGAAGAUUAUUGGCAUGAUUGUACGACGGCCCCAGUUGAACACAGAGAUCUUCUGCAUGAUAACGAUGACAUUUUCAGGUAAAAGGUUCAUUUGAAUCGGCUCAACGAGCUCCGCCAUACGAACCUAGUGCGCAGUGAUAGAACGGACAAUGUAGACGGGUGCCGAUGGAGUGACCUUCAAGUGAGCGCACGACACUAAGGCACGAAUAUGGAAGAUUGAGAGUUUUAGGUUCGUGUUUUAAACGGAACAAGUCGGACAUGAUAAGAUAAUGACUCGUAGCUUUCAGUCCGGAUAGGUCAGACGAUGUACAGUUCGGUCUUAGGUCUUUCAAGCUAUGCAGGGUAGCGAUGAAAAAGAACACCAGGGGUCUUCUGCCCAAGAAAAUUUGGACGACAGAGAAGUAUUGAAAAAAGAUGCGAAGUACACGUCGGCCAAUCAUCAAAAUGACACUGUAGAGCCAUCUGGCGCAUUUAAAGGCGAUAAUUUUAAAAGGACAACAACGAAACCGUCUAUAUUUUUCAAGAUCCUUACUGAUGAAGACAUUGACGAACGCGAACGAGAGCGUAAGGAAAAGCGCGAGCGAAUUCUGCGAGAAAUCGUCAGCCUUGAGGCUGCUCGAGUGGCUGAGGAAUGGCGCCGACUCCGUAAGAAAAAGGUCGAGCUAAAGGAGCGACGAAUGCGGGAAGUGAUUUUCAGAGAGCUAAGUGAAAUGUGGAAUAGUGGCCAAGAUAUUCAACAUCCCGAACAAGUGGACCCGCAUAUCCGAGGCGAUAGCGGACAGCUGUCGGAAGAGAGCGCCCUGCGCAAACGACUGUUUUAUGGUUGCUUUCGCGAGUUUGUUAAUAACAAUAAUAGCCUUUUUAACAAUAACAACCUUCUUAGAAACCAUGUUUACGAGCAGAAAUUUGGGUUCCGCAACUAUCACAAACAGCGGUACCAGUCAGCAGAACAGACGCAUAGUAACGUCCAAAUGUCACGCGUUCAUCAUGGACAUAUGCAUGGCUUAGAACGCCGCAGCAGCUGUAGCAACAUCUUUAACAGUAUGACCUGGACCGCCGAAGAGCUAAGAAUCUAUUAUGAGUGUAUGAUCAAGCACAACGUAUGGCCUCUACAUUAUACCGUGCAACACCAAAUGCUUACAUCAAGUCAUCAAAUUCACAGUCAAUCGAUUGAGGAACCGGGUACAUCCAGACGUGGCUUUACAACAAUACCUUUCCACAGGACGUUGAACAACGUCUCAGGAGAAGUCGAUGAACUGCCAGAGCAUUAUGACAGAGCUCAAGCAUGGUCGUCAACGUUUCCGAUUGAAAGGUCGGUGACGAACACUGUAAGGCCGGUUCGUAUGAAGAAGUACUUCAAUCCGAAUUCACGGCGUGGAUUUUCGUCGUCAUCGUCGUCGUCAACGUCGAUGACGGAGUGUACCAGGUUACCGCCGUUAGGUCAUAGUCAUGUUACGCUUAGCGUUCCAUCAAGUAACAACAAGAUGCUAAUUAACAAGAACGUAGCUAAGGCAGGUUUCCAGGAGAAAACCGAGUCAAGAAAGUCUGAGGAGAAGUUUUUUGUUGAUGAACUGCUAAAAGAAAAUGUUGAUCACGAGCCUGUGUGUCCUGUCAUUGGUGAAAAUGAUGACGUUGAUCUAUAUGACGAUUUGUAAUAGGUUGCCGUCUAUGAGGAUCGGCUAUCUUAGAACUCAGUAGCAGUAAAAAAUUUAUGACUAGAGCGCGGGAAAAAAUUUAAACGGGGAGUUUUAAUUUGUGUUAGCUGUGCCAGAUGCCGUUUUGUCGCUGCGGCUUAUAGUGAAUAGCUAGUAUUUACAGAAAUUCAUAUUAGGAGACAAUUUAUAGAUAGAUAUUAUUUCGUGUAGGUAUCGCAGCAUUCACUCGUUCCUUAUUCUUUUAUUCGUUUCUAUUGAAGUUCUAUCGCAGUAAUAUGGUCUUGUACGAACUAACUAUAGGCAAGGGGGGCAUCGCCGUAAGUACGAAAAACCAGUUUAUACGAAAGCGAACACAGGAUCCGUAAGCUUUAAAAUAUACGCCAUGACGAGACAUCUAGCCACUGUAACAUUAAAUAUGGUUACAAAAAAUAAAACCGUCCAACUCUGCGACAAAACAGCCCAUUUAAUUCGAUGUUCGUUGAAUUCGUUUUUGCAAGAAGGCCUACAAACUACAACGAUUCUUAAUGAAUAACGAUCGUAGUACGUAACAAUAAUUUCGCUUUAAUGAAGGGGCGAUCUCGCAGUUCGGAAAACGUUUCUUACAACUGUGACGACCAUAUAUAAUAUCAGGCGUUGUCGGUACGGCAAUUACGUUAUUGUAGCGUCAUCGUCACACCUUCUCGACUCUGACUGAUAAAUUUCUGACUCAAUUUUUCUAUAGUAAUAGGACAGUCAUUAGUGAAGGUUGAAAGCGGCAACAAUUCUAUCAAUUAAAAUAUAUUUUAAAAGAAUCGGCACGCCAAGACAUUGUCACUUGAUCUAUUCCAGACGGGACUUGGCACUAAUACCGCAAUUAUACUAAAUGGUAACUGCUACAAGCAUAAGAAAGGAACAAAGAGGUUUUUCAAUAUUCGCAUGUAGUAGUCUUGUAGCGUAGGCCGAUAGAGGACUCGCGCGAAAAAUUUUAAAAAAAAAGUGGGAAUUCGUUGAAGUUCUCAUGCGCCAACAAUAGAUUACCAGAGAAGAUUAUACUGGAAAUAGAGAAUUAGUCUGUUACCAGGUUUUUGCUAAAUGCAAUUAAAGUUAAGAACUACAUUUAAACGUAUAUCGUAUUCCAUGCAAUCGUGUAUUCCAUGCAAUUACUGCUCGUAGUAAGCUGGAAGCGAUUCGGUAAUUCAAACAUCCUUUUCUGUAAGUAAAGUUCUAUUCAACAAAAAGCUUUUGAUUUAAGAAACUUUUGCGGUCAAUCAAGAUGCAUGUACUUACUAGAUUGUACCCGUGCCAUCCUGAAUACAGGCAGCCGAUUAGCUACCAAUUUUUUGCAUUACUUUUUCGGGUUGUUAUUUUUCAAUUUUGUCAUAUUUGCGCCGCCAGUUAAUAGAACGUAGAUCAACCUGCUCAAGUUAACUGACC